AAUUAAUCACCAAAUCAGAGGUCGGCCGGGUCCGAGCUUAUCCGACAAGGGUGAGAUGCUCCGCCGCAACAUCGCGAGCCUCGAAGAGGAGAAGAAGCGAAGGCAGUCGAAAAUGAAGACAUAUGGAAAAGAAACUGAUAGUGAAAAUUCUGGAACAAUAGACAGACAUAUGGGGAGCGCGACUAAAGCCGAAAGAGAAACUCCGUUUGGGAGGAAUAUUGAAGUAAUAGAGGUUGAUUCUGUGGAGAAGAAAGAGAAAGAUUUCGAGAUUAAUUGGAAUACGGUGAUGGAAGAAGACGACGGAGGCGGAAAGGAAGAUGAAGUGCCGAAGCUGGUGAUUGUUAGCACCAAAACUCUUCCGCCACCACCACCGCCGUCAACUAUUUUCUCCGGCGAUCAGAUGGACUGUCAGAAAAAACUAACCGAUCACGCCCUCGAGGACCAGCUGGAGCGGAACAAAUCGCACCUCGUGAAAUUAGGUCCGAGCUUACCCGACAAGGGCGAGAGAAUCCGCCUCAAAAUCGCGAGCCUCGAAGAAGAGAAGCAGCGAAGGGCUUUACGACGCUCGAAAAUGGAUGAGGACAAACCUUCGACGCUAAUGCAUGCGACAAGCUCAGGUUCAACUGUGUUUGCGCGAGGGAUUGCAGCCUCAAAAGACACCACUAGACAAGGGAAUACAGACUCAAAAGAAGUUUCACGGUCAACAUUUGCUGCUGUUUUUAGUAAACCGAAACAGACGGAUACUCAGUCAUCGAAGGCGUUUGGUAAAGAAGUAGAAGACUUGGGAUGUGAAAAUGGGAGACACAAGGCUGAUAAAAAUACUCAGCCAACGAAGGCGUUUGGUAAAGAACUAGAAGAUUUGGGAUGUGCAAGUGGAAAACAGAAGGCUGAUAAGAAGACUGUGACAAGGUCGAACAACAAAUGGCGGUUGUUGCCAGACGUUGGGAAAGCUGAGAACAGUGGGAAACAGUUAAAUUCUGGAUUUAAAGGGUCGAAAGGGAACCAGAAGUCCAAGGAAUCUUAUGUGAAGAAAAAGCCCAAGGAUUCUUCCACUUAUUCUCUGCUUGACGAUGAUAACAACGACUCUAAUGGCCACGAAACUCCUUGGGAGUGGGAAGAAUAUAAAUUACAGAGUUCAAAGCGCCGUAAGAAAUCAGACGGUACAGUAAUUAAAGUGGAUGAAGAAGAAACUCAGCCUGCACCAGUGUCAGAGCAAGCUGUUGAACUGCCUGAAGGCUUACCGGAAGAGAUAUGUUACCCAUCAAGGGAUGAUCCGAACUUUGUUCAAGUUUGUCUUAAAGAUCUUGAGUGCCUUGCGCCUCAAGAAUUUCUUACAUCGCCGGUGAUGAAUUUCUACAUCAGGUUCUUGCAGCAGCAGCUAAUCUCUGAUGAUUGUCACUUUUUCAAUACUUAUUUCUACAAGAAGCUUAGUGAUGCUGUUACGUACAAGGGAAAUGACAAGGAUACAUUUUUUGUGAAGUUCAGGCGUUGGUGGAAGGGAAUUGAUCUGUUUCGUAAGGCGUAUAUAUUUAUACCAAUACAUGAAGAUCUCCACUGGAGCCUAGUGAUAGUUAGCAUUCCAGACAAGGAGGAUGAAUCGGGAUUGACUAUACUUCACCUGGAUUCAUUAGGAAUUCAUUCUAAAAGAUCAAUUGUUGAAAAUGUCAAAAGGUUUUUAAAAGACGAAUGGAACUAUUUAAAUCAAGAUGAUUAUUCCUUAGAUUUACCAAUCUCGGAAAAAACGUGGAGAAACCUCCCACGGAGGAUUAUUGAAGCUGAUAUACAGGUUCCGCAACAGAAGAACGAUUUUGACUGUGGUCCGUUUGUUCUCUUCUUCAUCAAACGAUUCAUCAAAGAGGCACCUCAAAGGCUGAAAAGGAAAGACUUGAGUAUGUUUGACAAGAAGUGGUUCAGACCUGACGAAGCCUCCGCACUGAGAAUCAAAAUCAGGAACACACUCAUCAAUCUUUUCCGAGUCAGUAAUCAGACAGGUUGCCACAAUGACAAGACAGAAGAAACCAGUACAGAACAAAAAACAUCUGAUGACAAUGCAGGUUCCAAGUCAAGACAUUGCUUACCGCUC